AUGGCGUUUAGAGGUACAUCUGAUAAAUUAUUUCAACCAAAUAAUGGAAAUUUUUUAGGUUUAGUUCAACUUCUUGGUAAGUAUGAUGAUGCAAUGGCAGAGCAUUUACGUCACAUAUCCAAAAAAUCGAACAGAAAUCAUUACUGCAGUCAUGAAAUUCAAGAUCAAUUGAUAAACUUAAUGGCUAAUAACAUUCGUGAUACUAUUAUAGCUAAUCUUCAUGAGGCAAAAUAUUAUUCAAUUAUUACAGAUUGUACACCAGAUAUAAGUAAAUCAGAACAAAUGUCAUUCACUGUUCGUUUUGUCGAGAAAGUUGGAAAUAACAUGAUUAUAAAAGAACAUUUCAUUGGUUUUAAAACUGCUACUGAUUCUACCGGAUUAGGUCUUUCACAGCUUAUGUUGCAAACACUCAAAGAUAACAAUAUUGAAUUUACCAACUGUAGGGGACAAGGAUAUGAUAAUGGGGCCAACAUGAAAGGAAAAAAUCAAGGAGUUCAGGCAAGAUUAUUAAAUAUAAACCCAAGAGCAUUUUAUACUCCAUGCAGUUGUCACUCAUUGAAUUUAGUUGUGGCCGAUGCUGCAUCAUCUUCUAAAGGAUCGAUUUCUUUAUUUGGAUUAAUUCAACGUGUAUAUGUAUUAUUUUCGGCGUCUGUGAAUCGUUGGGAAAUUCUUAAAAGUCAUAUAUCAGAAUUUACAGUUAAGCAAGUAUGUACAACUCGUUGGGAAAGCCGCGUAAGUGCCGUUAAAGCAAUGCGUUAUGAAACUAAUAACAUAGUUAAUGCUUUAAUAGAAAUUUCUGAAUCAUCAAAUGCUGAAGCAGGUCUUCGUCAUGAAGCGCAAUGUUUAGCCGAUAACAUAUGCGAAUUUGAAUUUCUUAUAUCACUUGUUGUUUGGUACGAUUUACUAUUUCAAAUCAAUGUAGCCAGUAAAGCAAUGCAAGGAAUCACUAUGGACAUCAUCACAGCAACUUCAAUAGUUAAAGGUUGUUUAAAUUAUAUUAUUUCUUAUCGUAAUACAGGAUAUAUUUCCGCUGUUUCAUCUGCUAAAGACAUCGCUGAAACUUUAAAUGUGGAACCAAGUUUUAAACCAAAAAGACAUAGACUAAUUAAAAGACAAUUUCAAUAUGAAAGCUUAGACAAUUAUGAACCUACCCUAGAAGAGGAAUUUAAAAGAGAUUUUUUCUAUUGUCUUAUAGAUACAAGUGUAACAUCAAUACAGUCACGUUUUGAACAGUUGGAAGCUCAUAAAAAUACAUGGGGAUUCUUAUAUAAUAUUUCUGAUUUGCGUGAUCAUGAUACUUUGGUAAAACAUUGUAUGGAUUUACAUAGUACACUUAAAAAUGAAGACCAAAAUGAUAUCAACGGAAUAGAUUUAUGUGUUGAGUUAGAACAUAUUAAAACUCUAUUACCAAAAGAUGUAUCUUCUCCAAAAGCAGUAUUGGAAUAUAUGUUACAAUCUAAUACAUCUGAUCUAUUCCCAAACAUCUGGAUAUCCUUAAGAAUUUUAUUAACAAUUUCUGUUACUGUUGCCAGUGGUGAGAGAAGUUUUUCAAAAUUAAAACUUAUUAAAACGUAUCUGCGUUCAACAUUGGGGAACGAAAAGCCGACAUCUCUAGCAAUUCUUUCUAUUGAAAAUGAAAUAGCUCAAAUGAUGGAUUUCUCAGAAAUUAUUAAAAAUUUUGCAAAAUUAAAAGCAAGAAAAGAUUUUAUCAAGGUUUAG